GGGAGAGCAUCUUGCAAACCAACACAUUGCCUAUGUGUCGUGAACAUUUUUGAGCCUUUGGCAAUAAGGAAUAAUAAGAAAAAACACAAAGUGGGACUCCGGACUGACAGAACGGUGCUGACCGGGCACCAAGACGCGGCGCCGAGCGUUUCAAAUGUUUGAUGCGGCUGAUUCUUGGGCCAGUAUGCCGGCAUUUUUUUCAAAUCCGUGCAUCGUGAAAUUUUCUCGUAGAACAGGACGGAACAAUUGCUGCAGCCGCCGGUAUGUGAACGACUUAACACACUGAAGGCAAUACAAGCCGGUUCUGUGUCUGCUCCUGAAUUUGUUUGUGCUUCUCUUUCCUCGCUCUCUCUAAUGCAUCGAUUUGAGGCAGCUGGGCGAUAAUGCAUCGCUGGGGUUGGACUGUGUGAAUUCGCACCCUGUCCAUAUACUCGUUCAGCAAUGUAAAUUCGAGCAACUGAGUUUUCGCUGACCCGCCUAGCGACAAAAAUAUGCCUUGUUUCGACGAGAGGUGCGAGGAUGCCUGUAACUGUGACGGUGUCAUUGCUGCGGCACACUCCGGAGCUGCUCAGCUCAGCACAACUAACCUCAGCUGAAGACAAGACAGCAAGCUGGCAAGUGCUUUACCACCCAACAUAAGCCAUACGAGCCUGUGCAUGUAUGUGGGAAAAGGCCGAGCUGACACUCUCAAGGGAGGCAUCUAUUGCACUGAGGUUUUUGGGGGGCGUCCCAAGACCUGCCACAUCCCCAAAUCCGUCUGAGUGCCGCUGUGAGCCUACACGCUUCCUGAUGAUUUUUGGAGGGUAGCCUCGAUGCAUCUUGUGAGUGUGAAAACUCUGAGCGCCUUUUGCCAGGUUUGCACCACCAGACAGGAGACAGAGCAGACGGUAACUCUGUGUGUGUCAUGUUAGAGGCUGGACUCUUGCCCGCUCCCUUCAACUCUGAGACAAAAUCUCUGACCUGCCCAGUCUGAGCCCUUUGUAUGAGCAUCACUGCUUUGCCACAACAGUGUCAAGCAGCACCAACAAUUUGCAGACAUUAUUGUUUGUGUGACUUUAUAAAAAGGCUCCCCCUCACACCACCCACCAGCUCUCAAAAUAAGAAACACCGGAAACCAGGGUCAGGAUGCAGGUGUCCUUCGCCUGCACUGAGCACAACCUCAAGAGUCGCAGUGAGGACCGGCUCUGUGGCCUUCGCACUGCUCCACCUCCUGGAGGAAGCAGUGGAGGAGUAGGGGGAGGAGGAGGUGGUGGUGGUGGUGGUAGUGGAGGAGGAGGAGGAGGAGGAGGAGGUAGUGGACCAGGGAGUAAUGGCAACUACAUCUCUCAAGGCUCUGUCAAGAUCAGGGAGGGGCCAGGGUCCCGUCACACUCCACAGGGUCACGCCCACAUGAAGGAGGCCAUUGGGCGCCACAGCAGUAUGAAGUACAGAAACCUGGGGAAGUCAGGCCUCCGUGUUUCUUGCCUCGGGUUAGGCACCUGGGUGACAUUUGGAUCACAGAUCUCUGAUGAGAUGGCUGAGAGCUUGAUGACCAUAGCUUAUGAGAAUGGAGUGAACCUGUUUGACACAGCAGAGGUGUACGCCUCUGGAAGAGCGGAAAUCACUCUGGGGAACAUUAUCAAGAAGAAAGGAUGGAGGCGUUCAAGUUUUGUCAUCACAACAAAAAUCUACUGGGGAGGCCAAGCAGAGACGGAAAGAGGACUCUCUAGAAAGCACAUCAUUGAAGGUUUAAGAGGAUCAUUAUCAAGACUCCAGCUAGAUUAUGUGGACAUUGUUUUUGCCAACAGAAAUGAUGUCAACAGUCCAAUGGAAGAGAUUGUACGAGCCAUGACGUUUGUAAUAAAUCAAGGUAUGGCCAUGUACUGGGGAACCUCGCGCUGGAGUGCUAUGGAAAUCAUGGAGGCGUACUCUGUGGCACGCCAGUUCAACCUGAUUCCACCUGUGUGUGAGCAGGCAGAGUAUCACUAUUUCCAAAGGGAUAAAGUUGAGGUGCAGCUUCCUGAGCUCUACCAUAAGAUUGGUGUUGGUGCAAUGACCUGGUCUCCACUUGCUUGUGGAUUAAUCACUGGGAAGUACAGUGACGGUGUACCAGAGUGCUCCAGAGCAGCAAUGAAGGGAUACCAGUGGCUGAAGGAGAGAGUGAACAGCGAGGAGGGCCGCAGGCAGCUGGCUAAAAUCAAGGAGCUCCAUCUACUGGCUGACAGACUGGGCUGCACUGCUGCACAGUUAGCCAUAGCCUGGUGUCUGCGCAGUGAGGGAGUGAGCUCAGUACUUCUGGGAGUUUCUAACACAGACCAGCUACUUGAGAAUCUGGGUGCCCUCCGGAUUUUAUCUCAAAUUACCCCUCAAACCAUUACUGAGAUGGAUGCCCUGCUGGGAAAUAAGCCACACUCCAAGAAAGAAUCGCGCGCUUGAAGAUGCACAUUUGAGUGACAGGUGACAUUUCAAGAAGAUAAAGAAGACAGUGACACUGGGAAACAUUGCUUUUUGCUCUGCUGUAUACUCAACAACUUGCAUGUCCUCAGCAACAUUAUGCUUCCAAUAUGUGCGCAUAUCCAUUAAUGCGCAGUACAUUCUAUCAUGUAUGAAAAAAAGAAAACCUCUCAAUUAUGGAAAAACAACAGGUUAUAUACAGUAUUGCUCACUGCCGAUUGUUCACAGACUAAUAAUUUCUACAGAGGUGGAGGCUAAAGGCUGGAGUGACAGGUCUCUGCCAUCCACAGAAACAAAGAAAGGAUGAAAGAUGUCAAAUUGUUCCAAAGUGGGAGAAAAAACCCUGCUCUGUGCUAAAAUGCAGCUGUCUGUUAUUCUGUAUGAUGUUUAGUACAACAGCCAGAGAGCCAAAGGUUAGUACUCAUGUGUCUAGCCUAAUAUUUCCCAUUGUAUGCAUGUGACUGGUCUGCCACACUCACUGCUUCACAAGGUUGGGAACAAUGGAUUAUUGUAAAGUUGACAGGGACAGGGAUCUGACUGUUACAACAACUUAAUUCAGUCUGGUUUCACUUUAAAAACAAUGUGAAAUCACAAGCUGUAAAAAAAAAACGGGGGGAUCUGUUUUAAUUAUCUUUUUCACACACUUUAUUAACUGAUAUGACAUGAAAUAUUUCAUCUAAAUGAAAAUGAAUGGGUCACAUUGCAAAUAAUAAUUGCUAGAUUACCUUUGAAACUGGAGUGUUUCAGUGCAUUAUGUUAUUAGAGUUUAAAAUUAUACAUCAAGAAUCAAUAGUGGGUGAAAAUUUGAAAAUAACUCUCCCUAGCCUGCUGCUUUUUCAGAAGUCUUUUUGCCUCCUCUGUUUGUAUACUCUGCGCAUGUCCCUUUAAGAGAGAAUAACCCUAAAAGGUUGUAAUUGUGGCAUGGCUUUUAUGGUUUAUGUAGAUUUUCAGUGCCCUUGUAAGCCUUUUUUAUUUCUAAAUGGUCCAGCAGGUUGAUCCAGGAUCUGUGCUGGUGGGCACUCCUGUUCUAAAGACUGCAGUCUGCAGACAUGGCUGUGUGUCCAUCUGACAUAUAAUCUUUGUAUUGUCCUAAACGGUAUCAUUUUGAACGAUGCCAUUCUUGUUGAAGAGCAUCCGGUUUGAGACAGCUGGACUGUGUGGAAAGGUCACUGAGCAUCUGACAGAUUUGGGCACACUGUGGUGAACUAUUUCAAAUGACAGGACAUAAAUGAUAAGUCUGAGUUUAACAAAUGUGAAAUUAUUCUUGCCACACAUCACUUGGGGUAAGAUUUAGCAAAUGUAACUUUUUUUUGUGGAAGCCUAAAAAUAUAGCUUCUCUGCUCAUUUCUCUGG